CGCUGUAUCUGAAGAACUGGGAGAAAAGUAUCGCGCGGGUCAAGCAAAGGUCAAUACUUUUGAAAUUCAAAGGGAUUAUCGUCAUUAUCGGCAUGGGUGAAGAACAAUGUGACAUUUAAAGAGGUGUCGGGCUGGUAACACCCACCACGCUUCCCAGGCUCAGUCAUCACCGGGGGUUCAGUCUCUGCAAGAACAACCUGCUCCGAUCACCAACAAAUUCCAGUUCAGGCAAAGCGUGGGUCGCGAAGAGGGACCAUGAGAUCCGGAUAGUUGGUUUUUCCCCCUUUCAGUUGACACAGCUCUGCGCCGAUGCAGUGCCAAACACGAACAUCCCGGAAUUUGGAAAGAUUUUAUUGACUUGAGGAAGUCGCUGAAGGGUAAAUUGCAUGGGAUGACCGAAAGACAAGUGGAUGCAAAAAUUCACAUAUAAGGUAACUGUGUCGUCCUGUGGGCUAUUUGUUGUGUAGCCCAUUCUCUUCAAAGCGUAUUCGUUAAAACGUCGUAAUACUUCAAAAGGUAAAGAGGAAGCAAUUAGAAACUCUUCACAGGACAUGUUCUAUCAUCUCAACGGAUUAUCGACAGCUCAGUCCUCUUAAACUGGAUGCACAAAAGGAAUUAAAUCAUUGAAACUGCUUACUCGUUGGAUAAGAACACAGUUUGCACUUCACAUCAAAAGACGCUUCAUAUGCUGAUGGCUCAACGGUACGAAGACCUUGCCCACUAUGGUGGCGGUAUGGACGGAGUUGGGGUUCCGACGUCGAUGUACGGGGACCCACACGCGCCUCGGCCCCUGCCGCAGGUUCACCACUUAAACCACGGGCCACCGCCACAUGCCAACCAACACUACGGGGCCCAUGCACCACACAGCAUCAUGCCCAGCAGCAUGGGCUCAGCUGUCAACGACGCACUUAAAAGAGACAAGGACCAAAUUUAUGGGCACCCGUUAUUUCCGCUGCUGGCGCUGGUGUUUGAGAAGUGUGAGCUGGCAACAUGCACGCCGAGAGAACCGGGUGUCGCUGGAGGAGAUGUGUGCUCAUCUGAUUCCUUCAAUGAGGACAUCGCUGUGUUUGCCAAACAGAUACGGGCAGAGAAACCGUUAUUUUCCUCUAAUCCAGAGUUGGACAAUUUGAUGAUACAGUCAAUACAAGUAUUACGGUUCCAUCUAUUAGAACUAGAAAAGGUGCACGAGCUUUGCGACAACUUUUGUAAUCGGUAUAUAAGCUGUUUGAAAGGGAAAAUGCCCAUUGACCUGGUAAUUGAUGAACGGGAUGGAUGCAAAUCUGACUUCGAUGACCUCUCUGGAUCCUCAACAAAUCUUGCAGAUCAUAAUCCAGCAUCCUGGAGAGACAUGGACGACGCUCACUCCACUCCCUCUGUCGGCACCCCAGGACCCUCCAGCGGGGGACAUGCCUCUCAGAGUGGAGAUAACUGCAGUGAACUAGGAGAUGGUUUAGAUAACAGCUUGGCAUCUCCGGGAACAGGGGACGAGGAUGACCAGGACAAGAAGCGACAGAAGAAGCGAGGAAUCUUCCCGAAAGUGGCAACCAACAUUAUGCGGGCGUGGCUCUUCCAGCAUCUCACGCACCCAUACCCAUCUGAAGAACAGAAAAAGCAGCUUGCGCAAGACACAGGUCUCACCAUUUUACAAGUGAAUAACUGGUUUAUCAAUGCUCGAAGAAGAAUUGUGCAACCCAUGAUUGAUCAGUCUAACAGAGCAGUAAGUCAAGGAACCGCGUACAGCCCCGAUGGUCAACCUAUGGGUGGCUUUGUGUUAGACGGACAACAGCACAUGGGUCUUCGGCCAGGCGGUCCCAUGGGAGGUAUGGGUAUGAACAUGGGUAUGGAUGGACAGUGGCACUACAUGUAAUCUCCUCCCCUUCCAAAAACAAAAUUUCUUGGUGGUGGCCUCAGGAAUAGUCCCUGCACUGACCAGAGGCAUGAGGAGUGUGUGAGUCCGAGUCACAUUCAUCCGCAUCUGAUCACCCCACCCUCGCACGCCAACUACAGCCCACUCGCCUCCUCUCUUCACUGGACCUCCCAAAUCUCUCACUGACCCCUCAUCAACUGGCCAAAGGACUGUCUACAGGAGCACGGACUUUAAAAACAUACAAACUUAAAACAUUUGUGCCAAAAGAGAGACUUCUGAAAAGACAGUUGGAGAUCUUUACUUUUUAAAUUAUUUAUUUAUUCUUGUUACUGUCAAGAAGUACAAAGACCACCCAAUUUGUGCACUUUUGCUCAACCGUAGAGUGGCCGCCCUCAGACGCAAAUAUUCCGUACCUCCUCACGCACAGGUGCACAUACACUUAUUAAAUGCAUUUGUUCUGAAAACACAACUGUGGAAUAUAGUAAAAGAUGCUAAGAGCCCUCAAGAAUUCUGAAAUGUGAGUCUCUGAGGAGAUUUUUGUUCUUUUGGAAAAUGUUCUAUGUUUGGGUAUGUGUCAUUGACUAGUUUUUACACCUUUACUUUUAUGAUUCUACAAAACUGUGUUUGAGAAGGAAAUGAAACCACUCAAAUGGGUUCACAGCAUUAUUGUGGCAUAUUUCAGCCACAAAUUCCAGUAUGUGAAACCACAAAGUCUUCUCCACAAAAGAUGUCUUGAAAGGCAUAAUUGAGGAAAUGAGUUGUCAUCCUAUUAUUUGUUGAAUUGGCAUGGAGAGAGUAACAGUGUUCUUGUAAGGCUAAGUAUGCCUGGAGGAGUUUUUAAACCACUAGAGAUGUUCCAUUGUACAUAAUUAUGUAAAUGUUAUUUGAAAAACACAUUCAUGUCAAACAGACAUUCAGUGGAGAUCCUUUAAGAAUGGGAUAAUGUUGUACAUUUUGCUCGGUUCUCACUCUUGGUUUUCUCUAUGGAAAAAAAAAAAAAAAAAAGUGGAUUAUAUGUUUGUUGAUGUACUGAUAAGUUUGAUCGAUCCUCCCGCUCAGUCCAUUUUCCUUUUAGAAGUAUUUUAAACGCAGUACAGUAUUUCUACACAGUAAAAAGUCGAAUUCUUGUAAUAAAUUCUUCAUUUUCAAAAUGCAAAA